UCAUCGAUCACUGCCGAUGGCAGCAGACGUACGACGCGCUACGAUAUCGACAUGACCAAGUGCAUCUACUGUGGCUUUUGUCAGGAGGCCUUCCCUGUGGAUGCCAUUGUCGAGGAACCCAAUUUCGAAUUCUCCACAGAUACGCACGAGGAGUUGCUGUACAACAAGGAAAAGCUGCUCUGCAACGGCGACAAAUGGGAGUCUGAGAUUGCGUCCAAUCUGCAAGCGGAUCAUCUAUAUCGUUAAUGUCGGUUGUACAUAUACUAGAAUCCUUUGUUUAGAACGAUUUUCCAAUUAAAUAUCGUUGCCGUGGCUGCGUCUCAAUAGA